AUUGGAAAACGUGCGUUUAAGGACAAUAAUACACACAGUUUCCACAUCAGUGAAUACAAAUGAAUACAUUUAGCAUAUACCAAUGUUGUCGUUUGAUUUAAACAGACCUUCCUGUCCUGCUCAGUGAAGCGCCGUCCGUCGGGAACAACUAGAAACAUACACCAAGCGCUCUUCUCCUGCCGCUCCAAAGAGGCGCUUGUCUGUGUAAGAGGGCCCGUGACUAGCCAUUGUUGCUAAUCCAACUACCGGUGCAUUAGAAAGGAUUCUGCACGUAAAAUUAUCCAAGUUGUUGCUGUAUACGCUCAUACGACAAUUAUUUUGGGGUUGUUUCGACUCGAACCCAGGAUGUCAUUCCCUCCUCAUUUAAACCGGCCACUGUUGCCCCCUCCUGGGUUACCCCCUCAGUAUGGCUUCCCUACAGCAGCUCCAAUGAUUCCUGUUCACAUGGGCAUCAUGACUCCCACCCCUGUAAUGGUGUCGUCUCUGCCUGUGGUCAGUAAACCUCCUGUUCACAAGAAAGAUGCCUUUCUCCGAGCCAAAGACGAAGACUGUGGCCCGACCACCACAGUGUUUGUGGGGAACAUAUCAGAAAAAGCGUCUGAUAUGUUGAUUAGACAGCUGCUGGCGAAAUGUGGAAUAGUCUUGAGCUGGAAAAGAGUCCAAGGAGCCUCAGGCAAGCUUCAAGCUUUUGGGUUUUGUGAGUACAAAGAGCCAGAGUCCACUUUGCGAGCCCUGCGGCUGCUUCAUGACCUGCACAUCGGUGACAAAAACCUUCUCGUGAAGGUGGACGCCAAGACGGAAGCACAGCUAGAUGAGUGGAAGGCAAAGAAGAAGAGUGCUAAUGGGAAGGUAGAUGCAGACAAUGGGGAUGAUAAAGAGGAGGUUCUGGACGAGGAGACCAAGAAGAAGGAUCUAAAUGUGAAAGGUGCUAUAGACGGACUAAUGCGGGAGUAUGCUGACGAGCUCAACGCGCCUUCACAGGAUGAAGAUUCCCAGCGGCGAAAGAGAAAAAAGGACAGAAAGGAAGAGGAUGACUUGAACACAAUUGAUAUGGAGGAUGACAAGAGAGACCUGAUUUCCAGAGAGAUUAGUAAAUUUCGAGACACUCACAAGAAACUGGAGGAGGAGAAGGACAAGCGCGAGAAGGAGCGUCUGGAGUUCGAGCGGGAACGGAAGGAACGGGAAAAGGAGCGGGAGCGGGAGAGAGAGCGACGGGACCGCGAGCGGGAGAAGGAGCGGGAGAGGGAGCGAGAGAGGGAGAGGGAAAGGGAACGGGAGCGAGAGAGGGACAGGGACCGAGACAAAGACCGCGAGCGCAGGACCAGAGAGCGAGAACGAGAGCGGGACUGGGAGAGGGACAUCAGCCGAGACAGGAGCGCUGCUCGCAGCCGGUCCAGGGAGAAGAGCCGAGAUCGUGACAGAGAAAAGAAACGAGAGCAAGAGGAUGAAGAGGACGUGCACGAACGCAGGCGAUUGGAGAGGAAGCUCCGAGACAAAGAAGCAGCCUACCAGGAGCGCCUAAAAAACUGGGAGCUCAGGGAGAGAAAGAAAGCACGAGACUACGGCAAAGAUGCUGAGAGGGAAGAUGAGCGCAGACGAGAGAUGUUAAAGGAAGGCAAGCGACUAAAAGAGUUCCUGGAGGACUAUGAUGAUGACCGAGAUGACCCCAAAUAUUACAGGGGCAGUGCACUGCAGAAGCGGCUCCGCGACCGAGAGAAGGAGGUGGAGGCGGACGAGCGUGACAGGAAGAGGGAGAAGGAGGAGCUGGAGGAGAUCAGACAGCGGCUGCUCGACGAGGGACAUCCAGAUCCAGACGCAGAGCUACGCAGGAUGGAAGAGGAAGAGGAGGAGCGUCUGAGACGUCCUCCUGUGGUCCACGAGCCGGAGCCCGAGGAGCCACGGGAGCGCCACAGGAUUUCAAGGGACCACAGAGACCACCGGGAUCACAGAGAGGACCAAGACAGACCAGAGGCUCGCCCGGGCCCUGCACGCUCCGACGAUGAGGUAGAAGAAGGCGAGGAUGAUGAUUAUGACGAGGAAGACAACCCCGAAGUGAAACCCUGCCUGAAGCCCACAAUGAGGCCCAUCACGGCGGCGCCCUCGGUUUCUUCGGCCAGUGGCAACGUGUCUCCUGACACGCCCGGAAACGAGUCGCCGUGCGGCAUCAUCAUCCCGCACGAGAACUCUCCUCCUGAUGCUCUCCCUCAGGACGAGAACAGACCCAAAAUUGGCCUCAGCCUCAAACUAGGUGCAACAGGAAGUCCCAGUCAGCCCAACGUCGGCAAAAGAAAGAAGCUCCCCGUCGACAGCGUCUUCGACAAGUUUGACGAGGAGGAAAUGGAGGAACAGCCGCGCAAGAGGAAGCUGGUGCCUCUGGACUACGAUGACGAUAAGAGUCUCGGGGUGGACGGCGCCGCAAUCACGGCCGUCAAAGGGCCCAACUCUGAAGAGAAACGCAAACACAUCAAGAGCCUGAUCGAGAAGAUUCCCACAGCGAAGCCGGACCUGUUCUCCUACCCGCUGGACUGGUCCAUGGUGGACACGACAUUAAUGGAACGACGUGUUCGCCCUUGGAUCAAUAAGAAGAUCAUCGAGUACAUCGGAGAGGAGGAGCCAACAUUGGUGGACUUUGUUUGCUCCAAGGUGAUGGCUCACAGCACCCCACAGGGCAUCUUGGACGACGUUGCUAUGGUUCUCGAUGAAGAAGCCGAAGUCUUCAUCGUGAAGAUGUGGAGGUUACUCAUCUACGAAACGGAGGCCAAAAAGAUCGGGUUGGUCAAAUAAUGGAAAGGUUGUAUAAUAGUUGGUUUUGUCGUCCCCCCAAACAAAGCAACUUGUCCUUACCUGCUGCUCGCCAUCUUCGAGACCGUCACCUUUUUUUUUGUAAAUAGUCACUUGAUCAAAUCAUUUGGAAAGGUACAGCUGAUUGACAUCCGGGACCAUUUACGUUUUUAUCUGCUUCUUUUGUUCUCCGGCCGCGUUGCCUUCAUCAAGUGUGUGAGACGGUGCUGCUAUGCUAAUGUUUGUGCUUUAGUGGAUGGAUUGGGUGUGAAAACACGCUAACGUCGGCCCACAACAUCCAUGCAGCUAAAGCAUCAAGGCGGCCAUUGUCAUAACCACGGCUGGAGAAUGUUAGCGUUAGCUACUUUUUUUUUGUAUUAGUAAAUGUUUGAAUAAAAUUUAGUUGUUUUGUA